GGCCAAUCUAUUACUAUAGGUGAACGUAAUCAUGGAUUUGCAGGCCUUACAUACUCUGAGCGCAUAGCUUUAGACCCCUCGGUUUCAGUAACGGAUUGCCAGCUUGGAAGUCUAAAUGCAACAUUAGCAGCAGGAAAAAUCAUCCUUUGUCUCUCAAAAUCAGAUACACAGGAUAUGUUUUCUGCAUCAAGAUCUGUGUUUCAAGCAGGAGGUGUUGGACUCAUAUUUGCCCAAUUUCACCAUGAUGGGAUUGAGUUAUGUGAGUCGAUUCCAUGUGUCAAAGUAGAUUAUGAAGUAGGGACACAGAUAUUUUCCUACAUUAGAAAAGCCAGGUCUCCAACUGCGAAGCUGAGUUUUCCAAAGACUGUUGUUGGCAAAAAGGUAUCUCCACGACUAGCAUCAUUCUCCUCCAGAGGACCGAGUUCAAUUACUCCAGAAGUUCUGAAGCCUGACAUAGCGGCACCCGGUGUGGACAUCUUAGCUGCAUAUCCACCAGCCAACAAAGACCAAGGUGACUCGUAUAAAUUCCUUUCAGGAACUUCAAUGGCCUGUCCCCAUGCAUCAGGAAUUGUGGCUCUCAUCAAAUCUUUACAUCCGAAUUGGUCUCCUGCAGCCAUAAGAUCAGCUCUUGUCACAUCUGGUCAAAUGAAGCAAAUUGCAGCUUCCCAAGCUGGAACAGACGGAAUGAAAAUACUCGAAGAGGGCUCAACUAGAAAAGAAGCAGACCCAUUUGACCUAGGUGGGGGGCAUGUCAAUCCUGAAAAAGCAGUGUAUCCAGGGCUUGUUUAUGACACCAGCACAGAGGACUAUAUUCAGUACCUCUGCUCCAUAGGCUACAGUAGUUCAUCUAUUACCAGGUUAGCCGAUACCAAAAUCAACUGCAAGAAAAAAACCAAUACCAUGCUCAACCUCAAUCUUCCUUCCAUCACCAUUCCAAACCUGAAAACUAAAGUAACAGUGACAAGAAAAGUGACAAAUGUGGGAAAUGGUAAUUCAGUGUACAAAGCUUUAGUCCAGCCUCCAUUUGGCAUAAGCAUGACUGUUGAGCCUAGAACUUUAAGUUUUAACGUGACAAACAAAAUUCUGUCCUUCAAAGUUACCUUCUUGUCAACUCAGAAAAUUCGGGGAGAAUAUAGAUUUGGAAGCCUAACAUGGACUGAUGGUGAGCGUUAUGUUAGGAGUCCAAUAUCUGUACGUGCUAUAGAGACUUAUGCAGGUGUGUAA